GGUGGAGAGUUUCGUGUGUUUAGUAACGUGAAAUGUACAAUACCUGGUUAGUCAUUGCAUCAAUUACAUUUGUCGGAUGCUUAUGGAAUUCGCAACUAUCUGAGUCAUCAUCGAAAUCAUGCCCAACUGAGUGCAUCUGUUUAUCCCAGACACAAGUACUUUGCAAUACUGGUGGACUUGAGAAGAUUCCAUUGCGACAAUUACCCCCCACCGUUGAAAAUCUUGCAUUAACCAAAAACAAUUUUCCGGUCAUAAAGCCCGAUUCGUUUGCAGGUUUACGAGCGCUCAAGAAACUUUCACUGGACGGCAAUAACAUAACCAAGGUGAAACAGUUUGCUUUCCGCGGACUGCCCCGUCUCAAGGAGUUGUCAAUUCAAUACACACCCCUACAGUCGGUAACAUCGUUUGCAUUUGCUGGUCUCCAGAAUCUCUCGACCAUACUUCUGAGUCAUAAUCAAAUUUCACGCAUCGAAACACAUGCCUUUGCCGGCACAUCCAAUGUUAAGUUGAUACUGUUGAGCAACAAUCCGCUCAUCAAGAUUGAUACGUCGGCCUUCUCAAGUCUUACGAAUGUUGGCCAUGUGAUAUUCCCUUCGGGCAUACGAACCAUAGAACCAGACGCAUUUAAUGGCAUGGACACAGUCGGUUUGCUGAAACUUGCUUAUAUGGACUUGAAGGAGGUUCAGCCGUUCACAUUUCGUGGCCUCACAAAUAUUCUGCUAUUGACCCUGCAGGAAUCGGACCUGGGUGUCAUUUGCACCGAUGCCUUUACGGGGCUGUCACAGGUCGAGACCCUGCAAAUACUCAACAACAAGAUCGAUGCCAUUGAGGAGUUGAACUUCACCUACACUGCCAACAUCAAACAUCUCAAAAUGCACGGCAACCACAUACUGGAAACACCUGAUCCCAAUGCUAUAAUUGUCGAUGGCGUGGAACACCUACAGCUGAUUAACAAUCACUUUCCCUGUGGCUGUCACAUACACACCCUGCUCGAUGGGCCACUGGUGGAGGGUGCCCACAAUCUCACAGAAUUUCUGCAGAAAAACUAUUGCAUUUCACCGCUGGAUGUGAACGGUCGGGCCAUGAUCGAACUCGACAUAGACUCCAUUGGCCGUUGCCAGGACCAGUUGACAAAGGGCAAUCUGGGAUCGUCGGCCUCUUCAAUGGCCCUGAGCAUGUGCACGCUUGUACUGAUAUCGCUUACAACGAAUCGUUUUGUAAAAUACCUUGUGUUCUUGCUAGUCCUUGGGUCCAUCACCGUGCCACAUGACACAUUUAGUUGAAUGCGGUCGGUCGGCAAAAUUUCCGGAAAUUCGCCACAUUUAGUCUGAAAUCUCUCUAAGAAAACCGCAAAAAAAGAAGAAGUAUCUGUAGUUUUAUACACAAUUAAAUAUCGAUAUUAAUCCUAUUUAGUUUUAAGUAGUAAAACAUUUACAAUAAUAUACGUAUAAAUAUUAAUCAUUCUGCAACCAAAACUUUUGGGAUAUUAAGUACUUGGAAAUUUCGUUUUUUACUCUCCAUUACCAAUGCCAUCGAUCCAUGUAAAUAUUAAAACAAGACAACACAUACAUACACAUACGUCGGUAUGUGUGCUUUGCAGGAUGUAAGUUUGUUAUUUGUUUGCCUUAUCAUCAUUAGGCUAGGUUUUACUAAAGCUAUAAACCCUUAUAAUCUACGAAACAUAUUCAAAUGCUCCGAUGUCCUUUUGUAAAUAGUUUGCAUCAAAUAUCCAUUAUAGAGCAUUCGAAAUUGUUAAAAUAAAAGUUUAUACUCAUAAAUAGAUUUGUUGUGUAUUUAAAUGCAGUAUUUUUAUCCCUUUAGCUUAAUAAAUUAUAUGAGAUACGUAAAAGAAAAAAAAAUAAUAACAUAUUUUAUUAUUACACUGUGCAACACAAAAAAAAUAUGGAACAAGAGGACAACAAGCACUGGGGUCUAACUGUUGCAUAUAAUUUCGAAUUAAUUUCGAUUAAAAUAAAUUUCGGCCGGGCCGAACUUUGAUUAUCCUCCACCAUUUGGUAGAA